AUGUUGUCCUUGAACAUUCCAUCAUACUCGAAGCCAUCGGGCUACCAGGUUUCUGAGUUGGCCAAGCCGGAGCUCAGUGAUCCAAAAGAUGUGAUCAUUAAGGUUCAUGCGGCGAGCAUCAAUUCAAUCGAUGUGAAGAAAGCUGAUGGGAUGCUGAAGUUGGCGAUGAAAGACUCAUUUCCCUAUAAAAUCGGCUAUGACUGUGCUGGCAUAGUCACAGAGGUUGGAUCGGAUGUGACGCGGUUCCAAGUCGGAGAUGAAGUCUAUACGAGACUGCCGGAGAUUUCUCGAGAGAAAUACAUUGCCCUGAAGCCGUCAUCACUAUCAUUCGAGGAUGCAGCUUCAAUCCCUCUGGCAGCAAUGACCGCACUUCAAGCACUCAGAAAAUACGAAGGAGAUCUGGCUGGAAAGACUGUCUUUGUGCCCGCCGGCUUGAGUGGAACAGGUCUAUUUGCAUGUCAAUUGGCAAAGAAUGUGUUCCAUGCAGGCAAGGUCAUCACCACAGUCUCGACCUCAAAGAUGGAAAAGGUCAACGAGCUCCUAGGCGGAGGAACGGUGGAUCAGAUAAUUGACUACACAAAAUCCCACCCAAGAGAGGUCAUCAAGUCUGGCUCCGUGGACUUCCUCUUUGAUACAGUUGGUUCUGCAAUGGAGUACCUCUCCCUAAUGAAACCAAAAUCUGGACGUAUCGUGUCGGUUGCAACCAUGCCAUCGGGCAACCAGCUCCAGGAAUUCUCAGUGAACGAUCAGAACAUCCCCAUUGCUUUACGAAUGGCACUUAAUGCUUUUGAUUAUGUCCGUAAACUAAGGGCAGGGCGGUAUAGUGUUGAGUAUUCCUAUAUGUUCCUGAGUCCGAAUGGUCAAGAUCUGGACGAGUUGAGAAAAUAUGUCGAGGAACGCAGGUUGAGAACGGUGGUGGGAACCACUGUUGAGCUUUCUGAUAUUGAAGCAGUACGAUCAGCUUGCCAGGUUGUUUACAGUGGGAAGGGUGGCCUCGGGAAGGCUGUUGUCAAAGUUGCUAGUUCAUAG